AUGAACAAGGGGGGCGCGGCUCGAGGGCGGGGGAGGGCUUCUGGCGUUCCUGGUCAAGAACGCAUACUUCAUCGAAGCGACCUCCAGCUGGUGCAGGCAUCGCGUGCUGUGAAAACAAAUAGUGCGCAAGUCGCCACUAUCAAAUGCAAAAAUGUCUGGGUCUGGAAGAUUGGUAGGUUUGUCAUGCACAUUUUGCAUGACUCCUGAUGUAUGUGAUGCAUGCCCUAGCAUCACAGAUUUUGUGAGGGCUUCCUGAUGCCUAUACCGCAUGACAAAUGCUCUUGCCGUGUAGCAAAACUUGGGCUCUCUUUGCUGCUCAUGCAAUACAGAUUUUUUUAGAAUCCAAAAUCAGCAUGACAAGUUGGAUUCUUCCAGACCCAGACAUUUUUACCUUUGAUAGCCACGACGACCACUACCACGAUCACGUAUUUGACCAAGUCAGAAAUGUUUCAGACCUACUACCUGUUUGGCAACCGGGGCACCGACAUGUCCAGGUGUACGGGUUCCGAGAAUACGAGGACCGACCUAUUACAAUGAAAAAUGCCCCCACCCCUCACUUGGCAGCAUUUGUAUUGCAAACUACCUUUCCAAUAGAAACAUUUUCCGUCUUGCAUAUCUCAGCAUCACAAAUUUUCCAUGCUGAAUAGCUCGAAUUUGUGUUGCGAAGGGGCCCAACAGCAGCCGGAUCUGUUAUGCACAAGGCACCUUGCGCAGUCUAGGUUCUGCAUCAGAAGCGCUCGCAUAAUCGAUCCUUUUAUGCAAGACAAAAAGCUUUCAUUUCGAAACUUUGCAUGACAAACUUUUGCAAAUUCGAGGGUGGGUGCAUAAUUUUUCACUGCAAUACGACCGCCUC